CGCCGAUUAAACCACGGACGCGCAAUAUUUGACAGUGGAAACAUUUGUCGUUUGAAUAUAGAUACUUAAUAACAUACAUUUGCUCUGUAGUGAGACAUGGAGACGACGGACGAGUGGUUCUGCGACCAAGAGAUCCUCGGCUACGAUGAAGCCUGCGUCAAUCUGCGCACGGACGACGAGAAUUUGAAUGCUUGGCUCUACCUGCUCUCGGCUGAUUGCGCGCUGUGUCCAUAUACGAGGAUCAAGCAGAUCGUAGCAAAUUGGAAUUCCAGUGUGACGAUCGAUACUGUCAGAUCUACGACCUUUAGGAUCUUGGACGCCGAGUAUCCCAGCGAUUUCAUAUCCGCUAAAAAUACCAGCAACGUGAUCUGCGAGCUGACACCGAAUCUUGGCCAAUUCGGUGUUUAUGAGCUUUCCAUACAAAAUCGAAGUUGCAAUAUAAAAGUUUUGAACGGGCCAACUUACCCUUACACAGAGCUGUUCGUCAUUUUUGGAGUGUUGAUACUCGUUCUGUUAGGUUUAUCUGGCCUGAAAUCGUUAUGGCACGUAUGCAGGAAGAAGUGCAUGAAACACCAAAUGAACGAUGCCGUCACGAAGUAUCCCUCAAAACGCAGAGUGAAGGCGAUCGAUACUGUUCGAGGGGCGAGUACAUUGUUAAUGAUAUUUAUGAACGGUGGAUCUGGUGGCUAUAAAAUUCUUGGCCAUGCAACUUGGAAUGGACUGCUACCAGGGGAUUUGCAGUUCCCUUGUUUCAUAUGGAUCACGGGAAUAUGUAUCCCCAUAGCAAUGUCUAGUCAGAUGAAGCGCAUGACACCGAAAUAUACAAUAUUGUACGGAAUCGUUAAGAGGAGUUUCCUUCUGUUUCUAAUUGGAGUGUCUCUCAACACGGUGAGUACAGGACCUCAAUUAGAAACUAUCCGUAUAUUCGGAGUUCUCCAACGAUUUAGUGUAGGUUACUUCGUUGUCGCCCUUUUGCACUUCAUUUUGAUGUCGAAGAAACCAAGCAAGGUACAGUCUCCGAUGUUACGAGGAGUGCAAGACUUUCUUCUACUUCUUCCUCAGUGGUGCGCGAUACUCGCAAUCGUGGCCGCUCACAGUGUCAUCACAUUCUGCUUGAACGUACCCGGAUGUCCCACUGGAUACCUUGGUCCUGGUGGUCUUCACGAUAACGCGAAAUAUUUUGACUGCGUGGGAGGAGCAGCAGGCUACAUAGACAGAAUGAUACUGAAAGAACCUCAUUUGUAUAAUUCAGCCACGGUUUAUAAAUCUGGACCAUUCGACCCUGAAGGAAUCUUAGGUUGCCUCACGACGAUAUUCCAAAUUUUCCUUGGUUUACACGCUGGCGUAAUCAUGAUGACUUACAAAGACUGGAAAGAACGUGUAAUUAGGUGGUUGGCAUGGGCUGCGAUUUUUGGUUGUAUAGGGUGUAUCCUCCACUUCACUAACGUGAUUCCCGUGAACAAAAAGUUAUGGUCACUGUCAUUCGUAUUCGUGACUACAUCUUUCUCUUUGGCCUUCCUCUCCGCUUGCUACUUGCUCGUGGACGUCGCCAAGGUCUGGAACGGUGGUCCUUUUCGUAUCCCUGGAAUGAACGGUUUAUUGUUGUACGUUGGCCACAUACUGUGUUACCAAAAUUUUCCAUCCCAUUGGAGCAUCGGAAGUAUGGACAGUCGUGCGUUGCGUUUAUUCGAGGACAUUUGGGGCGUCGGUUUAUGGACUAUCGUCGCCUACGUCAUGCACAAAAAACGCAUUUACAUCACCCUUUGA